CAAAAUCUUGUUUUUAGUGAAUGGUGAGAGUUAACUUUGCAAUUUCGAGCCGAAAAAAGGGAAAAUUAGAUUAUAUUUUAUUUAAAUUUUGAGUUUGAUCAUCUUAUGCUGUGUGGUUUUAUACAAAUCGGCUAUUGAAAAUAGGCCUUCAGGUAUUUGUAUAUCAACAAUAUUACGAUAACGUGCCAGCAUACGCUUCAACUCUGGUCAAGGAAGCAACAUUUUGGAUUGUACAUGUAGAUUAUUGGAAUACUAUACACGUUGCGCGUAAAAAGCUAUAAUACUGAAAUCAGCCAAGUGUUCCACCAGCAUUGAAGACACAAAUCCAGCAGUAUGAUCCAUUUAACCGGUCAAAAUCUAUCUUCGAAAGAAAUCAUCCAAAACAUUUUUUCGCCUAUCGUUGGGGCAAUAAUAUCUCCUCAAGCAGAAGAAUUAUGCCAGAAAAAUAACCUCGCCUUUGUGGAGAUGUUGCAGCCUUUCCUGCGGUUAUCUUCUGAUGCACACUUCCGGGACACAGCCGGCACCAGUGUUUCGAUCAAGGGUCUUCGGGUGAAUGUAAUCGACGUUAAUUGGAGACCUCCACAAACGGUUUUGGCUAAGAGAAUGCUGAAUGAUUCCGUCACUUCGGCCUCUGGUGAAAAAAUGAAAGCUGUGAAGCUGGAAGAUGGACAGUUUGUAGAUAUUCCCGCAUCAGAACCAUGGUUUGAGCAGUGGCGAGAAACGUUUCUAACAGUCCAAUUUCCUUCCGAUCACGAGUUUACGAGGCACCUGCUUUGUUCUCUUAUUGUGGUUUCCAGUAUCGACGCUAAUCCACUUGAAGUUGCCGGUCAAUUAACGAAAAAAAUUCAGAUGAUGCAAAGCAUCACACCACCUCGGUUGCCCAAAUGGUUCUCAACGGACUCGUUGAAUUGUUAUGUAAUGCUUCAUGAUGGAUGCUCAGGUGACAUUGGGAAGGCUCAACAGGCUUUUGAAGGACUCAAAUCAAACUAUGGCGAUCAUAAGUGUUUUCUUUUACAAAUCAACUCACAUCAAGGACCACCAAUGGAGUGUCCCGAUCCGUGGUUACGUUAUCUAAAGAAACAUCAACGUUCUGAACCCACAAAUACCGAUCUUGAUAGUGCUCCCAAAACGCCACAGGAUAUGGGCUUAGUCACAUCGAUGCCUACAACGUUUCACACGUUGUCGAUAACACCCGGAGGUAGUAGUACGGCAUCCGAUACACUCUCAGGGUCCGGUGUGAUCAGUGGGGAAGUUAUCGCCCAUCCGCUCAGUCCCGUUCAGGAAACAGGGAUAGAAAUACAGGAAACCUCAAGUUUGACAUCAAGUAUAGAUAGUUUAUCACAGCAAACGAUCAAUCCAAAUGUUUGGACCGUCGAAAGCGACGUUGAUAUUGCACAUGGGACUUUCCUAACAGCUGGGGACCUUGAGAAUUUGAAGCAUUUCGUGCAGGACUUUGCAGUUAGAGCGUUGAUUCCUUACGUUGAAAAAAUGGUUGGAGUGUUGAACGACUCGAUUUCUAAUAAGAAAGGAGUUAGUCGAUCGCUUCUGAGCGCAACCAAGAGGUGGUUUGUAACGAACAAACCAGGAACAAACACUAACCAAAAUGCAGUUGUCUAUACUAACGAAUCAAGUGAGUUACAAACACGGAAAUUGGGAGAUCUUUAUUUUAUGUUAGGACACUACGCGUUAGCAUUUCAAGCCUACCAUCAAGCUAAACGGGACUUCAAUGCCGAUUCUGCUUGGCAGUAUUACGCGGGCGCACUAGAGAUGGCAGCACUAGCAGCAUAUAUGCAAGGCGCCGCCAAUCGGAAAACCUAUGACUACAUGGAAGAAGCGAUCGUCACCUACUUAAAUAGCUGCAAAAUGCCACAGUUUGCCACUCGUGCUACGUUACUGUCAAUAGAGUGUCUCAAAACGGCAAAACUGUACAACGAAGCUGCCAAGCAAUUAAUUCGAAUGACCAGCGAGGACUCGGAUCUUCGAUCAGCUCUUUUAUUGGAACAGGCAGCUUAUUGUUAUCUACUGGCUAGUCCGCCUCAGUACAGAAAAUAUGCGUUCCAUUCUGUUCUUGCAGGUCAUCGAUUCUCCAAAGCUGGGCAGAGAAAGCAUUCGUUUCGAACGUACAAACAAGCUUACCAGGUAUUUGAAAAUCGCGGUUGGAGCUUAGCGGAGGAUCACAUCCAGUACACUAUCGGCAAGCAGGCUAUCAAUUUGAAGAAACUUAACGAAGCCAGCAACUGUCUAGCUCAUCUACUCAGGCCGUCUAGCUUGCAAAGUGCUGCUCAACAAGCCUUCUUCCUAAAGGAUUUCCUCGCCACACAGAAAGCUUUGCUGGCCAAAGGUGACAUCAAUGACAUUCUUACGAUUUCCCUUCCAAAAAUUGUUCAACCUAUGACACGAGUAUUAGUAACGUCGCAACCACCGGUGGCGAACCCCUUGUUCAUUCCCGCAACAAAUCUGACAAUUUCGUCUAGUUUAAUUGAUGAAAAUAUUUGGAACAAGAUGGAAGAAAUGUUAGUGCAAAGCGCUUCUAAAAAGUCAAUCAUGAUUUUUAAACCUAGCAGAGCCUUAUUUACACAAGAAUCGCCGACGGUCGACAAUCCACGCAGUGUUCACGGCGAACCUAUUGAAAUUGCAUUCAACUUAGAAAACACUAUCAAACCACCGAUCACAUUCGAAGAUAUCAAUGUAUUGUGGGAGUUCCGUAGAGACGGUCAAGAAAUUUACUCUAACAAACCACUUUUUAUGAGUGAAGUCUCGUCGGAUGAACGUAAGGAAAUUGAUAAGGUCGUAGCAACUACUGCCGUGAACUCAGUGUCUUUUGGAGAAUAUGAAAUCAAAACUGUUUCGCUCAAGCUGACCCCAAGAAGCACAGGUCAGCUUCGAAUUCUCGGAGUAGUAGGUAAAAUCUCGUCCAAUGCGACUGGUGUUACCGAUGCUCCAAAUCUCUGGGGGCAACAACUGUUCGAAGCAUUACCGAUUCGUACCAAUGCCAAAGACAACCGCCCGGCUCAGUUCGAUCGUAAGCUCGAAAUAGAAGUACUGCCUCCUGCGCCAGCGCUACACGUUAGCUUCUCGCAGAGCCCCACGGAAGUGCUUGCCGGUGAAGUGAUUCCCAUCAAAGUUCACAUGACCAAUGCCGGUGUCAGUGUGCUCAAUGAUAUCUACAUUUGCAUCGAAAAUCCUCGGUACGUUUUAGUGAAUCCGGCCGAGUCAGAUAUUCCACUUUCAAUUCUGAGAGAUUUACGAAAUUUGAACAACGAGAAUUUAGGCAAAGAAAAAGAGGCCCGAAAGCAGUAUGUAUUCAAGGCAUUCAAGGAAUCCGACGGAAACUGUAUCAAUCCGAAGGAGACCAAGAUCAGUACGAUCUGGUUGCAGGCUCCAUAUGCCAAAGGUCAGAAAAAUGUAAAGCUGUUGAUCUAUUACGGACUGCCAGCGGAUUAUCCAAAGUUGAAACAUCGCCUCGUUCGACAUACAUGGAAUUUUAAUGUGAAUGAGUCUCUACUACUGGAUGCCAACUGUAACGUCAGCAAUCCUGUGACAAAUGAAUUAGGAAUCGAUCUGAAUGUGAAAAAUCUGAAUCAAGUUCACCAUGCGCUUAUGACCGAGAUAACGAUAAAUGAGGUUGUCUUGUAUUGCUCGACAUAUCAGUUAAAUCCACGGAAAAUUAUUUACAUAAAAAAUCGUGGUUACCAGAAGCACCUCAUCGAAAAUGUAGGGCUGAAAACCAACGAAACGCUAAGUCUACGGUGCAACCUGCAGAAGCGUCCCGACGAUGUGAAAUUUGGAGAUGACGUGCGGGAAUACAUAAGCGACAAACUGUCCACAAUUUCGAUACGUGCACCCAGCGAAGAUAUGAUCCAGUGUUUGCCUAGCUUCUAUUCGACUGGAAAUUUCCUGAUGAAAAACGAGACCAAAUACAUUCGAGUUUACGAAAGUACUAAUAACGAGGAGUUUAAUCAGAUAAUUUCCACUUUGGACCGACACAUGACGGUUAGUGUGAACUGGAGUGCGCAGAUAAAUGAUAACGGAUCAUCACGCCAUGCUUAUGGGCAACACUUUGUACAGUUGCGAAAUUUAUACGAUUCUGUAUUUUGUCCACCGUCGGAGAGACACCAGCAAGUUACCUUCACACACAAUGAAGUUGUAUAUAGUAUCUACGAUAAUUUGAAUAAAAUAAUCCCAAAGGCGGAUCCCGAAAAGGAUGACGGAUGGAGUGUUAACAACAAUUUUGUAGCGCAGCGAUGCUUUUUGGAGGAGAAGGUGCAUCCAAUCGAGCAAGUAGUAAGAGCAUAAGACAUGUGUUGUAAAAUAAAUAUACAUUUUAUUUAUGAUUUUGUGUUGCUGGAGUUAUCUAAUCCUCGAUCUAAUCAAACUGUUGUACAUUUUUCUAAGUACGCUUCAGCGUUUGGCAAGGGCCAUUUGCUAGUAUAAAACGUAUAAAGGGUGUUACGAUAAAAAUGGUCAAACAAGAAUGGUAAAUUGGUUAAACUUUUUAUUAAAAAAAUCAAAUUGUUUUCUGUUGCAAGUUCUAUUCAUACAGAAUAAAGUAAAAAUAUUGACUCAA